CGAAAAAGCAGAAGCCGCGGCGGAGGACCCUCGGGGCACGUUCGCCACCGACGCGCUGCUGCGCGGCGUGUCGCGCUCCUGGGGCGACAAUUGGUCGCUGGCCGCCGCGCCCGCGCCCGCGGCUGUGGAGGCGCCCGCGGCCGAGGCCGACGUCCCUGACACCACCGACGCCGACGCCGCCGACGCCAAGACCAGAAAGGGGGGAACGGCGGAAGCGGGUUCUUCGCCGGCAUCCCAGGGAACUGCUUCCCGGGAGAGGCGACCGUCCUCGUCGCCGCAGCGGCGGGCGGCCCCGCCGUGGCCUCCGACGUGGCCGUGGCGGACCUGCGCGUGGGGGAACUCGUGCUGGCGGAGAGCGGCGGCAGGGCGGCCUGGCGUUCGAGCCCGUGCUCGGGUUCCUGCACGUGGUGCGGGGGCAGCCGCGGGAGAGUUCCUCCGCGUUGUGCACGAGCUCGGUCAGUUCCGCGCGUCCCCGGGCCACAUCGUCUUCGUGGCGGCCGAGGGCGGGCGCCAGGACGAUGCCGUCCAGGAGCUCCGGGCCGGCGACGUGCUGCUCGCCGCGCCGCUCGGGCUCCCCCCCGGCGCCCCGCGGCCGAGCCGGGUGCUGUCCGUCGGCCGCGGCGUGAGCACGGCGGGCAUGUACGCGCCCCUGACUGCGUCGGGCACCAUCGUCGUCGAUCUGGAGAAGAAAAAGCUUGAGAUCCGCGAUGAUGUAUUGUUCCGAAGCGUCGGAUCUCAGGGAAGCGACAUACGCAUAAGCUUUCGGAGGUCCGCGCGGGUUUUUGGGGGGCGUUUUGCUCCCCCCCCGGCGGCGCCUGCGCCGCCCCUGGCGCGCUGGAGGCACGCGGGGGAGGGGGUCCAGCAGCGCCGAUCCCAAAAAGUCCGCGCGGACCUGGAAGCUACCCAUCGGUCGUUGCAAGCAGCUCUUUGUAGAUUUUUCCAGAUUCCGAUCUACUCGAAGCGCCUUCCUACUCCAACGAUCGAGUGGCUUCACCGCUCCCGUCCUCCUUGGGGGGCGGAUGGAGCCCGAUCCACUUUCGGCGCCCUCCUACCUCCUGCUUCUGCGUAUCUCUUCCGACCGACGGGUGCUGUCCCCGGACCUCUGGCGACCCGAUGUUCUCCACGUGCCGCUCCGGGGGUCCCGACCCCCUCCUCCCAGGGCCAGCCGCGCAGCCCGGAGACCCACUCUGGUGGAGGGCCUCGGGGCCCACCGCGGCCCCGCAGGGGCCGAGGUCGCAGCGCAGGCCGCCGCGGGCCCGACGAGGCCGGAGCGCCGGAGAUCCGGGCGCCCGAAGGCCUCCGGCCGUGCCGCCUCUUCUUCCCCUGCCCGUGGCGUCCUGGCCUCCAACUACGCGGUGCCCCUCCCGGGGCUGCGGCUGCCGCACUGGCUGGCGCACCUGGCGCUGCUGCCGGCGCGCGCCGCGCACGCGCUGCGCCGGCACGCGCGGCCGGC